AUGAACUUGGCAAGUGCUGGGCACCUUCGCUCCACUCCGACACCCAGUCCCCUAACCUCCGACCGGGAUAAGGUGGAGAUUGACGUGCUGGCCGAGGAGGAAGAUGGAGAUCAGUCAGAGGACGAGGAGGAGACGGAGGAGACCAGCCAGAAGUGCCUGGAGCCCUCGCUGCGAAGGUCCGGAACCCUCACGCCUCCCGGGAGGAGCGUCAGGGACAGAGGCGGCUCGAGCGACUCCUCCGGGUUCGUCCGAAAGUUCCGAGAGCCACGGACAACGGCGACCGCAGCCGCCGACGGCCCGCAGCCCGCCAAGCCCCCGUACUCCUACAUCGCGCUCAUCACCAUGGCCAUCCUGCAGAGCCCGCACAAGCGCCUGACGCUCAGCGGCAUCUGCGCCUUCAUCAGCGGCCGCUUCCCCUACUACCGGCGCAAGUUCCCCGCCUGGCAGAACAGCAUCCGCCACAACCUGUCGCUCAACGACUGCUUCGUCAAGAUCCCCCGCGAGCCGGGCCACCCGGGCAAGGGCAACUACUGGAGCCUGGACCCCGCCUCCCAGGACAUGUUCGACAACGGCAGCUUCCUCCGGCGCAGGAAGCGCUUCAAGCGCCACCACCCACCGCCGGGAGGCCACCCGCACUGUCCCUUCCCCACACCCGCCGUGCCCGCCACCCUGCACAUCUCCAACCCCGGCCUGGUGCUCCGCUACUCCGCCCCGCCGCCGGGCCUCCCAGCCCAGCCCGCCGCCCCGCCCGGGAGCCACCCGUGCGCGCAGCCGCACCCACACCCGCACCCCCUCAGCUACCUGCUGCUCGCCGGCCCCGCCUGCGCGGGGGCGCCCGGGAAAGCGGAAGGCGCGGACCCCGCCACGCCCCUCGUCCUCCCCGCGCCGCAGCCCGCCCGGGCCUCCCAGCCCUGGGACGGGGCCGAGGGUUCCGGGUCUCGACGCGGGCGAACCUCGUUCACCAUCGAGAGCAUCCUGCGCGGAGUUAGAGGCGGAGGAAGUGGGGCUGCGCAGAGCCCGCCCUCCGCCCCGUGGAGCUGCUGCCACCUGCUGCAGCACCCGCCGUGCCUGCUGCACCCCCAGGCCGCUUCCUCGCUGCUUCACGUGUCGGCGGUCGCCCGGACGGUGUUGCAGCCGCCGCCGCCGGAGCAGCAGCAGCACUGGGCCGGAAUCUGCGCGCCGGGGAGAGGCUCGCGCUGGGGCCGCCACCUGUCUGCGGUUGCGGCGCUGCUGAUGCAUCAGCCGGCCGCUGACGGCUGCAGGCUGCCGAGCCUGGCCGCUCUGUCGGGCCGAGAGGGGACCUUGCCGGCGUUCUAA